AUGGCCGUUUUCUGGCAAGUCUUGUGUUUGGUCCACAUUUGUACAGAUGCUAUUCGAGAUAGUGUUCUGCAGCUUGACAUUGACGAUGCGUUGACCGCACCGGACGACAUGGAGGUCGCCAAGACCUGUCCUCGCCCUAUCGGAUGGUGCGAAGGCCCUUCCCUUCGGUUCUCUGACUCCACCGACUGUGAUGCUGAUGGGGUCCCUGAUCUGCUCUGCGAAGAUGUUGCCGGGCAGAGGUCCAUCCGACACAGCCUGGACUGCGGAGAUCGGACAUACGACAAUUGGCGGGCUCCACCUUGCAAAGAGCUGCGGAAAAUCUUCUUGGUCAGGAAGAUCAAUCAGUGGCUCUCCGACCCUGGCACCCGAGCGAGGGAGAAAUGCUCUUUCUGGGGCGCUGAGUUUACGGAUGGCACUGAAAAUCGCGAUCAGCCGCAUCCGUACUGGAGGGGUUACAAGGUUUGCAGGUGCCCUGACGGCUUUGAAGCGAGCCGGCUUUGCACGGUGGCUGAUGAAGCAGGGACAAGCAAGGAGUGGAAUCCGCAAAAAACCCUAGUGCUUGAGCCACAGUCCAAGAUUUGGAGCCGCGAAUGCCGCUGUGUGGGAGACGGAGUCAAUCGACGUAUCAUAAACAACGGAACGAUCCAUGGAAACUCGUUCGGAGUCGCGGCGGUAGAGUUUUGUUCACAACUCUUUGAAGCUGCCAGCAAGGAGUACCCUCCGCCAGUGGAGGAUUGGACAGGACCUACAGUCGAUGCAGCAACCGCAGGCGUGCAGAGGGAAGUCGCCAAGAAAGCAAACCUGUCCCUUUGUGAGGCCAAGCUGACAGACCAGGUGAAGCUUCGGGAGAUGCUAGGCGAAGCGGCCGCGCACUCGUUCCAGCACGUCUGCCAGGAGGAGUGUGAGGAACUGGUCGAGAAGAUCCGCAAAAAGUCCCGCCGGAUCGCGCACCGAGGGACCGGAGUGUUUUCGACGUAUCCAGACUCAUGCUCUAUGUUUGUCGUGCAAGAGGUGGAGUCGCACUUGCUCGGUUGCUGUGCAAAGACAUGCGGCUGGAACGAGCACGUGUGCACGCUCUGGCCCUUCAUGCCGAAGCAAGACCGUGUUAACUGGACCAAGGAGUGCUGCGCUGAGCAGCACAUCCUCAUCGGGUCAGAGCGCGAAGCCAUGUGCCAGAGCACCUUACCUCCAAAGCUGCGGGCGCAAGUGCAGAAGCGCGACCUCCUUCCUCCGGACAUGGGUCUUGCUGACUUCGUGGGAGAGGACCAGCGGCUUGAGUGGACUAAGGCCGGCGCCAAGUCGGAGCUUGGGAAGGUGGGCUGGGCAGAGGCGGGUGACCCAGUGAACGACUUGUGGCUGCGAGUGCAGCCCCUCACCAUGCAGGAGGGCCAGGAGCUGGGCUACUGGAAAGUCGUGCCAACUCCAACGUCACUGUUUCAAGCACGUGGCCCCGAGCAUGAGAAGGACUGCAUGAAAAUACAUGAGGAGAUCACUACCUGCACGCAGGAUACGAAGGGGCAUUACAUGAAGAACUGCGAGAGAGCCCACGGCUGGAAAGUACGGGUCGACAAGUCCAACAAGUUCGCCCGCUUUUCUGCCGAAAUUAAGAAUGUGACAGAUAUUGCACAUUGCGCUAGCCGCAAUGCACCGGUCGCCUUCCAAUGGAAGGGGGACCAGGAGCAGAUUUCUUGCUUCGAGUUGAAGAACUUGGAGGAUGGAACGGUUAAGACUUGGCUGGAGAAGCUCAAGCCACUCGCGGAACUCAAUCUAAAAGUUCUCUUCUCGAACACCGCUGUCUACGUGAGGCAUAGCUGA